GAGGGGCAGCCGUGUUGGGAAUUCUCAAGUAUUUUCAAUUAAUUAGUUUGCACAGCUUAUUAUUACUAAUUAGAUAGUGUUAGUGUCGUGUACUCCAACUUAAGGGUUCGGCCUUGUGUUUGUGUAGAACAUCAAAUGUGUGGAUACCAUGGUUUUAACGGCCGAAGAAGUUAAACAACGCUAUCCUCUACAUUGGAUGGUAUGGAAUGAUGAUCAUGAGCAUUUGAAGAGGCAUUUAGAAGAAAAUACGGUUUCAACGGAAGCAUUAGAGCUCCGGGACCCACGAGGUCGGACCCCUCUGUUGUUGGCGGUAACACUAGGCUUGACCGAGUGUGUUAAAGUGCUGAUUGACGCCGGCGCUGAUGUCAACUGCGAGAAAGAUGGUUGGACGGUGGUCCAAGAGGCGACGUCGACGGGCGACCCCGGUAUCCUAGGUUUAGUGUUGUCCCGGCGGGACUAUUUGCGGCACGCGGUGCGGGCGGGGGGCAUUCCGGACCUAUUGAACAGACUCAGUCUGGCCCCCGAUUUCUAUGUGGAGAUGAAAUGGGAAUUUACCAGUUGGGUGCCUUUAGUAUCGCGUAUGUGUCCGUUUGACACGUACAAAGUUUACAAGCGCGGCGGCAACGUUCGCGUCGACACCACCCUCGUCGGCUUCGAGAACAACCACUGGCAGAGGGGCGAUCGGACGUACAUAUUCAGGGGACAAGGUGCGAACGCAACUCUAACGGAAAUGGAUCACGAGCUGGGUACGAUGUGGAGUGAGACUCUGGAACCAGCGACGGAUCGCGCCUGGCCGCCGCCCGCGCCCGCGGCACUCGCUGCACGACUGUCGCAGCCCAUUGCGCUUAAUUAUUUAGACACUGACAAAAUUAGCUUUGAGAGAAAUAAAAGCGGUAUUUGGGGAUGGAGGCAAGACAAGACGGAAGUGGUGAACACGUACGAUUGCAAAGUGUUCAGCGCGAACAACGUCGAGCUAGUUUCCAAAACUAGAACCGAGCAUCUGUCUAAGGCCGAUAAAAGCAAGCUGGCGCCGCGGGCGCCUCUAGCGGGGCUCCUGGCGCUCGCCGACCGCGACAGCGGCGCCACCACGCCCGCCACGCCCGACGCGUUCCCGGAAGAAGACAUCGCAAACAGGAUGACUGCCGUGACUGCCUCGCGGUCGCAGCAGGAGCUCGCUGUCGCGUGGCAAGAGUACUUCUCCGACGAGCCGCUAGAGAGAGACAUCGGCAAGUUGAAGGAGACCACCACUAAGGUGCAGAAGUUCCGAGCCACGCUGUGGUUGUGUGAAGACUACCCGUUAGAGCUUCAAGAGCAGAUAAUGCCGAUCCUGGACCUGAUGGCGUCCAUGUCGUCCCCCCACUUCGCCAAGCUGAAGGACUUCAUACAGAUGCAGCUGCCCGCCGGCUUUCCCGUCAAAAUUGAAAUCCCCCUUUUCCACGUGCUAAAUGCCCGUAUAACGUUCGGCAACAUAUUCGGCACGGAAACGCCAGUGCCCCACGUAGAAUGCAUACAAGAGGGCGACCGGCUAUCGUGUAUAGUGGACGACGCGUGUUUCAAUCUGGCCAAGGGAUACAGGGAUGCACUAGCGAGCGACGAACGGAUAGCGUGCAGUAUGGAGCACGACGAGAGUUUACUGCAGUACGCCAUCCAGCAGAGCCUCAUGGACCCCGGCACCCACGAGGAUCAGGUGGACGUGUGGGAGGCGCUCCGCGGCGCGCGCGCGUCGCCGACGGCCUCGCCGCGCCCGCGCUCGCCGAGGGGAGGGGGUGGGGGUGGGGGCGGGGGAGGGGGAGGGGCCGACCUCGACCUGCUCGCGCACGAGGAGAGACAGCUGCAAAAAGCUAUCGAAGCGUCCCUCGCGGCCAUCACGCUGUCCACACCGUCGCCCGCGUCCACACCGACCGACCCCGCGCUGCAGGAGGCCAUAGAGGAGUCCGCCAGGGAACUGGCCAAUAGGAGAGCGGAGCUCGAGGCCGAGCAGAGGGAGCUAGAUGAGGCGCUGCGCAGGUCGCUGCUGGACCACUGAGGAUCUCAAAUAUACGGUACACUAAAGCGUCCACCAAAAGAAGACUUAGCCUAUACAUACAUUAUUCUUAAUAUAGCUAAAUUGUACAUUUAUUUAUGACAAACGGUGGUCA